CCACGCGUCCGCAACACGAAGAAGAAAAAGCCAAAGCACUUUAACCUGCCGCAGCCCACCAAGCCUGUUUGAAACCUGAGCAUGCGAGAAUCAAUCAAUCCUUCCCUCUAUUCCAUCUCCUAAUUUCUUCGCAUACCUUUCGCAUACCUUCCUACUUAGACCUGCAGACCUGCAGCAGUCCAUCCGUUCAUUCGCCCACUCAUCGCUCUCUAAUCCCAUUAGUCCCCCUCUCUUCACUAACGGACGGGCGCUUCCUAAUUCAAUCUUGGUCUGGCAAUCUCGACAGUGCAGCGCAUUCGAGACAUUGACCACCCGCGCCAAUCCUUUCUCCAUUUUCUGGUCUCUGUCGGCGCGACCUUUCUAAUCAAGACGACAACUUAGGUGCAAUAAGAUCUACCAAUUCCCACCACAACACUCCCUCGCCCACUUUUCUUCUUACUUCCCCUCCCAUUUUCGCAGACAAAAAUUCGACUAUAUACGAUUGUUCGCAACAAAAUAAACAAACAAUCGUGGCAGUCCAACUUCUUGUCUAGCAUCAGGUGUCAAUCGUUCCUCAUCAAACCUUGACAACCUUACCUAGUCAUCAUCGUGACUCACUCAUCGGCAAUCGGGCUCCAUAGAACCACCUUCGACUACCCUUGACUGAGUCGAAUUAGAACCACAACAUCGUGGAUCAAUUGGGCAUCUAGAUCCCUUCACCAUCAAGACCACGUCAGAACUUACCGCAAUGGCUACUGUUACUCGUCAACCUUUCGCUCCCCUCGAUGGGGCACGCCUACAGAACUUGACAAGUCUAAAGAAUAGACAGAAUGCACUCUCAAUCUCGUCGCCCGUGAAGCGAAAGGCUUCUGACAGUUUGGACACCGACGACUUCGAGAAUGUAGACCCGCUGCUCUACUCUAAGAGACCCAAGGGCUCGGAUAGCGUCUCUAAGGAAGCCGCUCUCAAGCCAUCUUCGUUCACCCUCACCAAGUCAGCCAGCACCAAUGACAUCCUUGCCGUCACUCAAAUCAAGUCACCUGUGUCGCGCCCUCGAUCUGUGCUCAACCCCAAGUCGCCUGUUGCUAAGAUCAACACGGGCGUAGCUAAGAGCUCUCCCCUCUCAGCACCCGCUGGUCGAUCGCCGACUCGCGGCAAGAAGACCGGUAUUCUAUCUCGACGACGCAAUGGACGUGGGUUCGCUAGAGUCGAUCCCCCUACCUUUGACCUCUCGAGCAAAUCCUCUGCGCCCUUUUCUCUCGAUGCAGCUCUUAGGGGAACGCUCUCGAGUUACGGCGGUCGCAACACGUCACCUGCUGUGAAGUCCUUGUUGUCCAACUCUCUAGACUUUAGUGGCAGUCUUGACAAGGGUGACAUGAAGUCUUCCUGGUUCUUCGACAUUCACGAAGACACUCCGGAGCAGGAGAUGACCAAUCUGCUACAGCACAGCACCUGCGUUCUUGACAUCAGUUCGGACGAGGAGAGCGAGAGCCGCCGUCAACGAGAGCGAGCCGAGGGCAAGGAAAACGUGCCUCCCAUGGAUGAUGUAUCUCAGACCUCGCGACCGCGCGCAGCUCGACAGAUGUCCGAAGACGAGAUGGUAUUUGAGAAGGAGCGCAACCCAUUGGGUGAGAUGGACGUCCGUGACUAUUACUCGGAAGGCUGUGACGAGAACUCUAUCAUCAUUGUGCCCGGCGAUGAGGACGAGGAUGGUCAGCCGCAACAAGCAGAUAGCGGCCUUGAAUACGCUCCUGAGAUGAAGUCUGCCGAAUCCGAUAUUCCCGCAGAGCCUAUCACCCAAGACGGUGUGCAGUCGGUCGACGAGUUGAUGCAGAAGACGGAUGAGCCUGCGCCUGGCGCAGCAGUUCUCGAGCCAAUGGAAGGCACUGGUGAAAGUUUCGAGGUAUGGGAGAGUGGAAGCGCUAAGGACGAGGCCGAGACGGGAACUGCCGAGGUGGCACAGGGUGCGGAAUGCUAAUGAAAACGAGAUGAAUUUUUCCGCGUGUUUUUGCUUUUACUGAUGGGCAUUUUCCAGUCGCCUAUUGCCUAGAUACUAUAGGCUCGGGAGGCGAUAUCACUGGCGUUUAGGGGGACGAUGGUAAUGGCAAGGUCUGGACCGGUUGGUCGUGGUGGUAUGGCAUUUGUUUACAUUGUAAGAGUCUUGUACAUACGUUGCUUUUCCUGCAGAGCCCACAUUUGCAUUGAGAUACUUCAAUGCUGGCUCUAAAUGCUGCUUUAUGCCUGUCCUCGUCGAGGAACAGAGGUUGGUACAGCUAAAUACAGAAGGUGUACCACA